UUGUGGACCGAAAGAAAAUAUCACAGCCCAGGGUAGUUCAAAGUUGGAACUCGUGUCAUUCACUUGGAUGACAACCCUUUGUGUGAAAAUUCUCGUGUUAUGUUUAGACUUAACAGUUUACUUAACAUUUUUUGGUGCCGAAACCCGGGAACAAUUCCCGUUGCAGCAGUUAGCCUUCACCACGUGGAGUCGCAAGAAUUCUCACGGUCCAUUCCAAUCAUCGCAGGCCCCAGCAGAGCCGAAGAAUCGUUUGGUCAGCCGCUCGAAAAACUUCAUCGUAGUUUGCCGCCCAGCAGCAGCGAAGGAUUCCGGAUUUCGCCCUCCAGUAGGAUUACCGGUAGUUCCAGUCGGUGAGGUUAGGUUGAGCGCAUGGUUUGUCAUCGAACAAAGGACAUGAAACGAACUGUUCAAGAUUUCUGGCGCAGGUGGGCCAGAGACUACACGAGUCAGCUACACCAACGCAGCAAGUGGAAGCAGCCAAGUUCUAAUGUCCAAGUUGGUCAAUUAGUGCUUCUUCAACAAGACAACCUUCCCGUUCUGCAGUGGCCUCUCGGGCGUGUCGAAAAAAUAUUUCCUGGUAACGAUGGUCGAGUACGAGCGGUGCUGGUCCGCACAGCUCAAGGGCAGUACAAACGUGGGGUCACCGAAAUCUCCAUUCUUCCAAUCGACCCAGACGAAGACGAAGGAAAGGUGACAACUGACGAAGGUUUAUCGGAAGAAACACAGUUGAACGUGGCAGUUCAACGCCGGCCGGAAUGUUAAUGAAAAUUGUUAAAAGCAAGCGAAAAGAAUUAAUUUGUAAUAAGAAAUUCAGUUAAAGGAAAAUUAAAAAAUAAUAAUUUGUUUCUGUUACGGCACAAAGUGGUGCGAUUGCGAUUGGACUUUGAUCCCAUACCAGGUUCAUCGCAUCGUCAUCAGUUAUAUCGAACUCAAUUAUAUUGACCCUUCCCGAGCGAGCGCCCCAGCCUUUAAAACCCGGCCACAACAAAGUUGCAAUCAUCAAUCAAAGUGCAACCAAACACCAGAAUGUGGCCAUUCUCAUCGGAACCAGAAGUAAACGUGGAGAACAACAUCUCCACACACAACGCGAUCGGGUACUCGAUCGACGCGUUGUUCGUGGUCAUCAUCAUCAUCAUAAUCAUCGUUUGGCGAUGGCGACGAAAUGUGCGCCGUCUGCAGAAAAUGGAAGAAUUGGCGGCACGGCUCGCUCGGGAACGAGCCUCGAGUGAUG